CACUGAUGCACACUGAUAGGCAGCACUGAUUGGCAUUGAUAGGUGGCACUGACUGGCACUGAAAGGCAGCUCAGAUGGGCACUGAUAUGUGGCACUGAUGUUGCACUGAUGGGCACUGGCAGGUGGCAUGGAUGAGAUCUGACAGCUGGCACUGGCACUGACAGCUGGCACUGAUGGACACUGGCAGGUGGCACUGCUGGGGCUACACAGAUCAUCAGGGCACACUGAUCAUCAGUGCCCUGAUGAUCACUGUCAGUGUGACAGCUGAUGGGAAGAGAAAUGCCGAUAACCGGCAUUUCCCUAUGUACAUGCGAUCAGCUGUGAUUGGA